AUGAAGCAUAUAAUUGACCCAGAUGAUUGGUGGUAUGCCGCUUGUGUUUGCCAUAAAUCUGUUCAUCAACGUAAUAAGUUGAACUUCUGUGAUUCUUGCAAUCAACAUCUCUUCACUGUAUACCCAAGGUAUCGGAUUAAGCUUCGUGCAAUCGAUGACAAAGAUUCUGCUGCGUUAGUCAUUUUUUAUCGUGAGGCUUCUAUAAUGCUAAAUAAGUCGUGUGCAGACUUGAUUCAAAUUCUUGACAAGAAUGGUUCACUACACACUCCGCCAAAUGAAAUACUUCAACUUGCUGAGAAGACAUUCAUGUUCAAAGUUGAAAUAAAGCAAAAUAGAAUGUCAAAUUAUGAAGCAUGCUACCCAGUUAAGAGGCUCACAGAUGAUGUUGGACUAAUCCAAAAGUUCAUUGAAAUGACUCCUAAUCAGUUGCACCAGUCAGAAAAGGUUGUUGCAUCACUAUCAGACAUUGAAGCAACUCCUAAUACCACUUCUGAUCUGAACAAUUCUUCAACGAUAUUUAAAGGUAAAGCCAUUGCAUCGCUUUCUGAAACUGAUAGUUCUUCUGAGAAUACUUCUAUGCUGAUCAAUACCCCGAAGGACUUGCUCUCUGAUUUCACUGCUGCCAGUGAUGACAACAAUGUUAAACAGACAGUGGAUCAAGUUAUUACAUAUAAGAGGAAAGUUGAAAAUGAAGCUAACUUUGUGGCUGAUGGAUCUUCCGUUAAUCGUUUGAAGAAAGUUAUCAAAGUGGAGAAGAACUAA